AUGUCAGGAGCUAUUUCGUCUGCCUCUGGAGUUGAAACUUCAUCUUAUACAAGGGAACAUACAUUUUAUGCUGCUGAAAAUCGCGCAUUAAGAGGCUUUGCAUUUGCUUUUAAAACCGUGCGAUCUCGUGUCAUCUGCGGACGGGAAUGCAGCAUGGAUGAACGUUGCAAGUCUUUUAACUUCAACGACUGCAAUAAAAUGUGCGAGUUGAACCUUGCCACAAGACGAGAGCAUCCCGAAGACUUCAAUGCAACUCAAGGGAGUGUGUACUUUGAUGCAGAUGAGAACACACCUCUGUACUCACUGACUGAUAGCUCCUUGAAUCGCUACAGAAGCUGCAAGAUGCUCUUAGAUGCCGGUUAUCGUUCAAGCGGUAUCUACACAAUCUACCCAGAGGGAUUCGGUCAUUGCAGUCUGUGCGUCUUCUGCGACAUGGAAACUGACGGCGGGGGAUGGAUCGUGUUUCAGAGGCGACAAGAUGGCAGCGUGGACUUCUACCGUAACUGGGCCGAGUACCAGUCUGGCUUUGGUAAUCUGUCCGGUGAGUUCUGGUUGGGCAAUGACAACUUGGUGACUCUGACGUCUGAUGAUUCACGUGGAACAUGGGAGCUACGCGUUGAUUUAGAGGACUGGGAAAACAACACGGCAUGGGCAAAGUACGCAGAUUUCCAAAUAUCCUCGGGUGAGUACAAUCUGAAGUAUGAUCGCAAGGUCGGCGGCACUGCCGGUGACUCUCUUCGGUGGCAUAAGAGUCGUCCCUUCUCAACAAAUGAUCGUGACAAUGAUGCCGUGUCGUAUAACUGUGCAUGGUCCUGGAAAGGAGCCUGGUGGUUUAAUGAUUGUUUUCACUCUCACUUGAAUGGUCCAUAUUUUCCGUUUGCGCAUGUAGAAUAUGCCCGUGGUGUGCAGUGGAAGGCAUGGAAAGGGUAUUAUUAUUCUCUGAAAUCAUGCAGCAUGAAAAUGCGUGAAUUGGGACCAUGA